UUCUUUAUAUAUAUAGAGAGAGAGAGAAAUGGGAAUCAAAUAGGAAGAUCGCAAGGCCACAAGUACUUGUGGCUGAGAAUUGCUCCCUUGCUUACGUGGCAUCGAGACCUCGUUAAACGGAGGAGCAAAUCACAACAAUCCCAAACAACGACGACGACGACGACGACGACGCCGAAGACGACAACAUCAUCAAAACGACGACACGCCCACCCUCCCGCGAACAACACAGCCUAGCUGCAGCCACGCCCAUACACUCAUGACGGGCAACACUCAGGUUAGUAAGCAAUAGAACCAGCGUAUCCGGAUUUCAUUCAUUUUCCUCGGGUUCGUCAGAUCUAUAGUGGACGAAAAUGUCGGAAGCAAAAGACCCGGCGAUUAAGCUCUUCGGGAAGACGAUUCCUCUCACGUCAAACGACGAGACUUCGGCAGUCUCUGCCAUCUCUGGCGCUCCUACUGCUAUUGCUUAUGCUAAAGACAAACUCGAUGAGGAUCGUUCUUCUUCUGCGGCUUUGCAGGACGAGAAAUCAAAGAGAGCAGCAGCAGAACAACAGCGACAACAGAAGGAGAAGGAUCCAUCAGGAGGAAAACCGACCAAGCCUACGGGGGAAGAUGGCGGACCACCUACAAGUCUGAAAAAGCUGUCAGAUCCAGCUACUUCCUUAGAGAUGAUUGAUGAACCCCAAACCGCCUCAGUUGAGAAGGAAGCUGCAACAACAAAAGGUUGCAAGACUGAGGAAGAACAGAACGAGACAACUACGAGUAUCCCACAAGAGAAGACCCUGAAGAAGCCUGACAAGAUACUGCCAUGUCCUCGCUGUAACAGCAUGGACACAAAGUUCUGUUACUUCAAUAACUACAACGUCAAUCAACCCCGGCAUUUCUGCAAGAAUUGCCAGAGAUACUGGACAGCCGGUGGGACCAUGAGGAAUGUGCCUGUGGGUGCUGGCCGUCGCAAGAACAAGAACUCUGCCUCACAUUAUCGGCAUAUUACAGUCUCCGAAGCCCUCCAGACCACUCGAACUGAUGCCCCAGAUGGAGUUCACCACUCAGCACUGAAACCCAAUGGCACCUUACUCACAUUCAGCUCUGAUUCUCCUCUAUGUGAAUCUAUGGCUUCCAUGUUGAACCUUACAGAGAAGACAAUUCGGAACUGCACCAGGAAUGGGUUUAAUAGAGCAGAAGAGCAGCGAAUUCCAGUGUCCUGUGGGGUAGAAAAUGGGGAUGACCGUUCUAGUGGAUGUGGAUCGUCUAUAACUUCAUCGAAUUGUACAGAGGAUGGGAACAGGGUAAGUUUGCAAGAUCCAAUGAUGCGGAAUUGUAAUGGGUUCCCUCCUCAGAUACCGUGCUUUCCAGGAACUCCUUGGCCUUAUCCAUGGAAUUCGGCUCAGUGGAGCUCUGCAGUACCCCCACCUCCUGCCUUCUGCCCUUCAAGCUUUCCCGUAUCUUUCUAUCCCACGGCAACUUAUUGGGGUUGUACUCUUCCAGCCAAUUGGAACAUCCCCUGGAUAUCCCCACCAUCAUCUUCUUCAAGUAAUGGGGGAUCGGGAUCUGGUCCUAAUUCUCCAUUGGGCAAGCAUUCAAGAGAUGGAAGCAUUCUUAAAUCAAAUAACAAAGAGAAAGCUGAUCCAUCAAAAGAGAGCAAUUCAGAGAAGUGCCUUUGGAUUCCAAAAACUCUGAGGAUCGAUGAUCCUGGUGAAGCUGCAAGGAGCUCCAUAUGGUCAACACUGGGGAUUAAAAAUAACAAGGCUGAUUCAAUCAGUGCAGGGGGGCUCUUUAAGGUCUUCCAACCAAAGAGCGAAGAAAAGAAUCACACGGCUGGAGCCUCUCUGGUAUUGCAAGCUAAUCCUGCAGCACUGUCUCGAUCAUUGAACUUCCAUGAGACCUCAUAAUGGGAAAUUGUUCUGUUGAGCAAGUGUUUCAUUGAGACGGUGGUAAUGGUAAUGGAGGUUGCAACUGGUUGAGUUGAAUUUGCAGCCAACACCUGUGGUUUGGGCCACGUUGGUCCACUAUUCAGGCAUUUACUGCUUAUAGAUCGGCAAGGCAACAAGUUUGAGAGAGGAAGGCCUGAGAAGGACCCAGUUCUGGUCUCCUCCGAAGAGAAAGUUCUUUCCUAGAGCUCUCAUACCCAAGUAGCCAACUAAUUUCAUUCUCUCUCUUUUUGGUUUUUCACAGUAUGACACUAUGAACAAGUCUUGUUUUUUCCUAGAUGGUUUGCCAGUUUGUACAUGUAUAUAUCUAAAUUUAAAGUGGUCAGAUAGAGGUGGAUAAAGGAGUGGGAGAUUCUUAUAUGUACUAAAAAAUAAAUUUGUGAAUC